AUGGAGUCACCGUCCGUGUCCGGGGGUGACAUCUCCUCUCAUGCGGGGGGUAUCGACAGCCCCGAGAAACCAGGGUCCAUCAAAAACAACUCGGAAACGCAUACUACAUCUAUUGAACAAUCUGUGAAGACAUUCCGUUUAUUCGAGAUUCUGCGCAGCGGCGAUACUACUGCCAUCUCCAAGGCGCUGAGAGAGGCCAAAGACCAAAGUGCCUCCGGUGGCCCGGGGGGAACCACGAUACUUCAUUUGGCCAUACAAUGUGCGGACUUACAAGUCGUGGAAUAUGUGAUGGCCAGCGGAGCAGAUAUCGACGUCAAUGCUCGAGAUCGCGAAGGAAAUACGCCACUACAUCUUGCAGCACAGCUUGGCCGGGACACGGUUGUUCAGUCGCUUCUAGAUCUACCUCAAAUUGACGAUUCUAUUGCGAACUAUCGCGGCCAAACUGCCCUCGACGUCGCGCGUACCCCUGAACUCUUCGAAAAGUUACAACUUGCUCGCUCGCUCUUCAUCGAUACGAAGACGAAACAAAUUCAGGAUAUGGUUGUUCGAGCAGACUACGAAGGCUUGGAGAAACUACUUGAAGAACCUCGUGUACAAGGGAACCUUGAUGUGAACGCACUGGAAUUGGUAACAGAUACUGUUACGGCUCAGUCAGGAGGGACUCUGCUUCAUGAAGGUGCUAGGAAGAAGGACACAAAGUUGUUGCAAAUACUGCUCCUGCACGGCGCUGAUCCGUUCAGACGUGACAAGAAGGGAAAACUACCUCAAGACGUGACAAAGGACGACAAGACUCGAGCAAUUGUCAAGAAAUCACCAGCUGCGAUUAUCGCCCAGCGCGGUAUUCAAGAAAGAGCCAUCUUAGGGAAUGCUCCCUCUCAAGCGGCUAGCUCCAGCCGAGCUGUGAGCGCAGAAGUUACUCUUGCUGGAAAGGACGCCAGAGAAAUGAAGGGCUAUUUGAAGAAGUGGACCAACUAUACGUCUGGUUUCAAGCUGCGUUGGUUUGUGCUUGAAGAUGGAGUCUUGAGUUACUAUAAACAUCAAGAUGACGCCGGCUCCGCUUGUCGAGGUGCUAUCAGCAUGCGCAUUGCUAAGCUACACAUGGAUGCGCAGGAUAAGACUCGUUUUGAGAUUCACGGGAAGUCGUCCGUGAAAUAUCACUUAAAAGCGAACCAUGUAGUGGAAGCCAAGAGAUGGUUCUGGGCAUUAAACAAUGCCAUUCAAUGGGCCAAAGAUGAAGCCAAGGAAGAGGAGAAAAGACGAACAAGGGAUGCAGAGUUCUUGCAGGCAAAGAUACAUAAUGUGGAAAACCGCACGCCUGAAGGACCUGUCUCUGAGCUGACAUCGGUCAGCUCCAAACUCAACGUCAGAGGCGGUCCCGCGGUCACUGAUCCUAGGUCUAGCUUCACACGCGUCAAUACUCAUACAUCACGCAACACUGUAGAGCCGCCUGGUGACGAUGAAGCUUCAGCUUACGGCUCAUACGCCCAAAGUGUUGCUCACACUGAUAUGAACCGUGCUGCCGCACCUUCUGGUGGGCUUGACGGAGAGGCGGACUAUGAGGACUAUAACGAUUAUGCCUCGAGCCAUGAUGCUCAACCAUCCAACAAAGAUGCCUUUUAUAUCACAGCCCAAUCAGCGAAAUUACAACUAGACCUUCUCUCUAACGUGUCCGCUUCUCUAUUAGCCGAGAAACACAAAAACCCCGAGCUCACAGUGUCCGAUCCAGCGAUCGAUCAAGCCUUGUCGACUUACGAGUCGGCCGUGUGCAGUCUCCACGAUCUUCUCGCAAAUUUGAUGAAGAUUUCGCGCGACAGAGACGCUUACUGGCAAUAUCGUCUUGAUAAAGAGUCGGAUACACGUAAAAUGUGGGAGGAAAGCAUGGCUCAGAUUGUACGGGAACACGAAGAGCUUCAGCUGAAAGUUGGCGAAUCAGAGGAAAAACGCAAACGGACGAAAAAGGCUCUUAAGGAGGUCCUUGAGAAGAAUACUAAUGGAGCUGAUGUUGAGCGUGUGCCCUUUCGUGGCAACGCCAAGGAAAAGGACAUAUUCGAAGAAGCGGAGACUGGACCGGAAACUGCUGAUUACAGCACACAAGAAGCUACUGUCAACAACGUCAAGCAGGUCAAGAUUAGUGAUGGUGUCUCAAGGCGACAGACUAUCUCAGAGUACAUAGACCUUGCCGAGUCAGAUUCCGAAGACGAAGAUGAAUUCUUCGAUGCUAUUGACAAGGAAGAAGUUGAAGUUGGCGCAGUCCUUUCUAGUGAGAGGCUAGUCGAGUCGGAAACGGUGCAAAAUGAAGCUGCUGAUUUGCGGGCGGCGAAGCUCGCUGCUAUAGAGUCUGCUUACAAGGGAUACGAAGACCCAGUACGGACGAGAUUGAACAUGGACAAAGACGACCGGCCUAAACUGUCUCUUUGGGGUAUUCUUAAAUCAAUGAUCGGUAAAGACAUGACAAAGAUGACCCUUCCGGUGUCUUUCAAUGAGCCUACCUCGCUCCUUCAGCGUGUAGCUGAAGAUAUGGAAUAUGCGGAUUUGCUGGAUAUGGCUGCUGAUCGUACUGAAUCCUUGGAGCGUCUCCUCUACGUCGCUGCCUAUGCUAUUAGCGAGUAUGCUUCUACGAUUGGGCGUGUUGCCAAACCGUUCAACCCUCUAUUGGGAGAAACUUUUGAAUAUACUCGACCAGAUAAACAAUAUCGCUUCUAUGUCGAGCAAGUCAGCCAUCACCCGCCGAUUGGUGCUGCUUGGGCUGAAUCACCUCGAUGGGACUAUUUUGGCGAGUCGGCUUUGAAGUCUAAAUUCUAUGGAAAAUCGUUCGAUAUCAACUUGUUGGGAACGUGGUUCUGCAAGCUGCGUCCUAUUACAGGCGAAGAGGAACUAUACACAUGGAAGAAAGUGACUUCUUCAGUCAUUGGUAUUAUCACCGGUAACCCAACCGUUGAUAACUACGGCCCUAUGGAGGUCAGGAAUUGGAAGACUGGAGAAGUAUGCUAUCUUGAUUUCAAAGCCCGCGGUUGGAAAGCAUCUUCUGCAUACCAAGUCACGGGGAAGGUUGUUGAUGCUGCCGGGGUUCCGAGAUGGAGCAUCGGCGGACGAUGGAAUGAUAAAAUCUUUGCUCGCCCGCUAUCGGGCCAUGAAGGCACUAUUUCAGAACACGACGAAUCUUCCAAAGCCAUCUUGCUUUGGCAAGCCAAUCCUCGACCCAGCGGUAUCCCCUUUAACCUGACACCAUUCGUUAUAACCCUCAACGCGAUUCCCGAUCGUCUCCGACCAUUCUUACCACCAACUGAUACCCGACUCCGUCCUGACCAGAGGGCUAUGGAAGAUGGCGAAUACGACUUUGCGGCAGCGGAGAAACAUCGUGUCGAAGAGAAACAGCGAGCGAAGCGAAGGGAACGAGAAAAAAAUGGCGAGGAGUUUGUUCCUCAGUGGUUCCAAAGAGCCAAGUGUCCGAUUACUGGAGAGGAGUAUUGGCAUUCGACGGGUGAGUAUUGGAGGUGCAGAGAGGUUAGCGACUGGUCCAACGCAAUUGACCUCGAAAUGGUGAGCGAAUAUACAUGCAGUCGCUGUAUACAGGCUCUAAAACCUCACAUUCAUCACCGAAUGACUCUAUCUACAUUCCGACGCCUCCCUUCGCAGGCAAGUCGCAGAUGUAAUUUUUCCACGACGACGGGGCCGCGAAGCUCGCCGGUACGGAUUCACAACGGGAGUAAUGGCAGUCAGUUCAAGACUAUCAAGAACUCUUUCUCGGUUGCAGUUGACAAUACUACCGCCACUACGACACGGAGUUCAUUGUUGUUACCAACGAAGCAAGUCGCGCGGAAUGUACACUCUGCAGCUGCGAUAGUCACCCCUCCCACGGCUUCACGAGAAACAGCAGCAUUACGACGACCGGACAAUCUGUUUCAUCAUUACUCAUCAUCACCUUCGUCGAUAAUCAGAAAACGAGCUGCCUUCAUUAAACAAAACGCCUUUUGCCCGCACCCUAGUCACCAGCAAACUCGCGCACCUUUAGGCACUUCCAAGGAUGAUGUCGUUGCUUCCGCAACUCUGCCCCCAGCUCAUUCCCACUUUGAAUGUCCCGAUUGCGGUGUCCCGCUAUAUUGUUCGGAGGAGCACUGGAUGGACGAUUACGAGGCGCAUUUAGAAGUCUGCGAUACCAUCCGACAAAUUAACGAAGAUGAUCAUGAUUUAGUAUCUGGUCGAUUCUUCCCGGAAUUCUCGUACCCGGGACCACAGGAUGAUAAUUUUGUGGUUAACAUGACGAAUUGGGAUACGUUCUUGUAUACGCGUGAAUUCGAGGCGAUUGAUAAUGAGAGGAGUAUGAGGCAGGUAACACGGAUGUUGACCUAUCCGGUUACUAUUGCUAGUAUUAUACAUGAAUUGAGUCCAUAUACGGUGCAUAAGGAGGGUAGAUUGACGACCGAGGGAUUGAAGAGUUUCAGCGCCCUCCGCUAUACUCUUCACCCACCCAAACAAGGAGAAGGCAAAGACAUCCGCGGUCUACGACUCAAAGCACCACCCGUCCGCAUCUUCAUUCUCGGCGCACGAGCCGAAUCCUCCUUACCCCGUGAAGUCUGGCUUCAACUGACACACAUGUUCCCCAACGCACUGAUCAAUCUCAUCUUCAUCGGACCCGAGAGCAUGGCCAACCGUGACGACGAGUUCCCCUUACCAGAACGUACGCCAUCAAACCCCUUUGGCGGCAUUGUUGAAGACAGAUUAGGCCCCCAGAUGAAAAUCACAACUUACGUCGAUUAUUUCCAUACCAUGCAUGACGCGCAAUAUUUCUAUCCGUACGACCCUUACUUUGACUGUUUCAUGCUUUUCCACCCGGGACUGGGACAUCCAGCAAGCUCUCACGAAUGGGCGGAGACAUUGCCAAAACUCCUCGAGACAAAAGUCCCCAUAAUCUGCACUGGAUAUACGCAGAGCGAUUUGGAAAGAGAUAUCAAUUGGGUCCGCGAGAAGUGUGCGGGCGAGUUUGAUGUCUUACUCGAACCGGGCGAGAAUCGCUUUAGGAGUUUGAGAUGGGAUCUCAAUGAUAUGGAUCCGAGUGAUGUUUCGGCUGGGAAUUGGGGCGUUUGGGCUUUCAGGGGGAAGAGGUAUGUCAUUUGUUCUGUUACUGUGAGAGGGAUGCAUGCUAAUUGA